AGGUUCCCCGACUUCUUCUCCUCCUGCCUGAUGGAGUCGGGGUCGCCGCCCGUGGUGCUGAGCGAGGACGGGUCCGGCCAGGCCGCGGCGGAGUGGCGGCGGGUCUACCGGCUGCGCAGCGGCGAGCAGGUCGUCCCGGCCUGCCUGUGCGAGGUGGUGUUCGAGCAGCGGCCCGUGCAGCUCCAGCCACCGCUCUGCGACGUGUGCAACUCGCAGGUCGCGCGGCUGUACUGCAAGAAUGACAACGCCCACUUCUGCGCGCGGUGCGACGCGAAGCACCACACCGAGAACGCUUUCUUCGCCAGGCAUCAGCGCUUCGACAUGAAGCACUCGCCGUUCCUGUACGGGUUCUGCCCGUACCACCCCAGCGAGCGCCUCGAGACGGCCUGCCUGCAGUGCAGGAAGCUGCUGUGCAAGCUGUGCAACCAGAUCGGACCGCAUGCCACCCCCGAGCUGGGACGCC